AUGCGCCCCCUCCGCCUCUCGAUACCCGCCGUCCACAUCCCGUUACGACUCCGAGGCAACUCAGGAACGCGAUUGCCCUUCAGACCGUUUCAAUCAGUCUGGUCUGCUCAACGGAUCCCGUCCACACAGUUCCCAAUUGCGACAUACGGGGUACGGCUUUUCAGUCUCACCAGGCUACGAGCAGCAGAUGAUACAUUGGAGCGAUUGGAGAUUCGGGAAGGAAAGGACCUUGAGAAUGACAAGGUGACCAACAAGAGGAGGUUGGAGGAGAUGAACAAGGGAAAAUUAUUGACAACACCGUCGAGAUUGUUCAAGCUCUUGAUGCCAUUAACGACAAUUGAUCACAACCCUAACCAUCGAGAUAUCGAACCAAUUGCCGUCCUAAUCCACCCCCAACAACCACUCUCUUACCUCGAACGCCUCAUCCAAUCCGAAGUCCCCAAGAUCCGCGGUGAAAACGGCCACUACCGACCACCAGCAGUCUCCUUUAUUGCUCUUCAGCUAGAACAAGACGCCAUCCGACCCAGGAAGGCCAUUUACGAAAACACGGACACGGAAGCCCGCAAGCUAGGCGGAGAGGAAAGCGAUGCCGUCCUUGAACGCCGCGACCGCCCAGACGAUUCAGACGAUACAUACAGCUAUCUGCGUGGAUCGGAGGAAGGCCAAGAACGGCGCUUUGUAAGGUGGUCACAGUCGACUGAGAUUGGGGAUUUCAUUCGGGAUGCCGCACGAGCGCAGGAAUUCAUCGUGAGCAUUGAAGGCGCACCGGCUGGCUUGGGUCAUAUCCGUGUGACGGUGCCGUCUUUCGACGAACGGACAUACUUCCUUCGCAUGCGCCUGCGCAAGAUUUCAGGCCGGAUCCAGAGCAUCGCAGAAAUCAAGCACGAUUGCGAUGUCACAGCCCACCGCGGCGCCCAGCGCGUUGCAGUCGGCGGCUUUGGCAUCCUUUCUUUCUGGUGGUACCUUGUCUACAAAUUAACCUUCGAAACGGACCUUGGUUGGGACACAAUGGAGCCCGUCACCUACCUAGCCAGUUUAUCCACCCUAAUGGGAGGCUAUCUCUGGUUCCUGUACCACAACCGAGAAAUUUCCUACCGCUCCGCGCUGGACUUUACCAUCAGUGCGCGACAAAAGAAGCUGUAUCAGGCGAAGGGUGUGGACUUGCGUGCAUGGGAGUUCUUGAUUGAUGAGGGGAAUGCGCUGAGGAAGGAGAUCAAGAGUAUUGCGGCAGAGUAUGAUGCGGAUUGGGAUGAGAUUCAGGAUGAGCAGGACGAAAGGGUGACGAAUGCGUUGAAGAAGGAGAGGCGUGAGAAGAAUGGGAAGCAGCAGAAGAAAGAUGAUGAUGAUCGAGAUACUGAUGAUUAA